AUGCGCUACUCUGGGAACCUGCUGGUCCUGGGGCUGGGCGCAGACGCCCUCCGUGCCAGUAUGGGUGCCGACGGGUGCCACUGCUCCUGCGACAAGGAACUGCGCCACAUCAUAGACCUCCAGGCGGAGGUCUGGGCGCUGAGGUGCCUGCUGCUCGCCGGGUUGUUGCUGCUCGGCUGCGCCACCUCGGCCGCAGGCCUGCUGGGUUUCCUGGCGGGACUGUGCCGGCGCUGCGGCUGCGGCGCCCGCGGGCGCGCGCCUGUCGACGACAUGGCUGAUUUGCUGACGUUCGAUGUGGGGGAUCCGCAGAUCCUGGUGCGGUACGAGAACGAUCCGAACGGCUUCUUCCGGCAUCACAGAUUGCUGCUGUUCAGGGUGAGCGAGGACAUAUGGAUCUGCCUCACCCUAGAUCACGACUUGGUCCGAGUCAAGUUGCUGGACACUCGCCACGAGGGACAGCUGCUCGGCGUCGGCCAGGUCGACGCGAUCGAGCGCAUGAUCUGGGUAGUGGCGGAGCCGCGUUCCCUCCGGUUCGGCGAGAUCGUCGACGCGGGCGUGGCGGUCCUAGACGGUGAGGAGUUCUUCGUUCAGAAGAUUGCGGCCAGCGGCCUGGCUCACUUUAAGAGGGACGCGAAGGCCGACAUGUGGGACGCGCGCGCCCUGGGCGACCACCACGACGAGGCGGGUCAGCGGAUUCUGCGGCUGUCCGAGGCGGUGGCGCUGAUGCUCGACGUCGAGCAGCCGAAUUUCCUGCUCGCUGGAGUCAGGGGCGUGAAAGAGUUCCUGGACAGCGUGGCCUCGGGGCCGGGGAAUAUGACAUCGCACCAGGCCGAGUGGGCGAGACUCAGCGGCGUCGGCGAGGGCUUGGCGGUCAACCGCGUGCGCAGGAACCUAUGUGAGGUGAUCAGGCUGAUGCACUCCUGGGGCCAGGUCGACGUAUCUAUGUUGGCCUCCUCGGAGCUCUUGGUGCGCUGGCUGAUCCAGACGGAGAUCGCGGUCGACGAGCGCAACCCACGCCACCCCGAUUACAGCGGCCUGGACAUUGUCAUCUCUGCGCCCGUCAACGCCGUCGGUCGGGCCUCCACCUCGAAGUUCAACACCUGGGUCACGGAUCGGCUCAAGGAGAGGGCGACGAUCUGGAAGCAGGAGCGUCUCUACCGGGAGGAGCAGAAGCAGACCCGCAAGGGCGACGGCGAGGGCAGCAGCAGCCUCGACCCGAGCUCGAAGCGGCACCCCAAGGAGUCAAAGGGAGGAGUGGCCGGCGCUUGUGGCGGCGCCGGUUUUGACUCGGUUCGGGCCCUGAGCCAGCUUGCCGCCGCUAAUCUGAAUUCACUUCGCGCCCAGCGACACGACCUACCACCUGAGGGUCACCUCCGGCCCGCCGCCGUGCAACGCUGGAUGCUCCAGAAUGUCGCGCGGCGGGUUGAGGCGUAUGGGGAUUGCCCGACUGACCUUACAGAGGAAUCGCCCCUCGCGGAGAGCUUCGACUCUAGAGACCACUACGGCCUGGAGCCCAAGAACUUGGCCAGCUUCGACUUCGACAAAGUCAAGAUCCUGCAUCGGAGAGUUCACGUUUGGCCCAUUCGACGGGAGCUACCACCUGCAGCCCUUGGCUACCUCAGGCACGCUAGCGACCUGAUCGAGAGAGACGAGGCGGAGCUAGGGAAGGGCUGA